UGGAUCCCCCUUCUAGAUCCCCNCCCCCCCAAACUGGAAACUGGUCAAACUUGUUCCCUUACUCAACCAACCAACCAUCUUGGUUGGGACCCAGAUGAAAAGGAGAAGCCACUGUCCAAACCCGUCUAAGCCAUCUCAUCUUGUGGCCAAUACCAGCACAUCUCCAUUAUUGAAAGCCAUUUUGAACCCCCACCUCAUCCAUUGAUUGCGGUCCAACAUGUCGUCCUCCACCUUGCUUUGUUUGCGUACCACCUUGUCCCGAAACAGCCUUCGUCUCUUAAGGCCCGCCCAAAUUCGAUCCUCGCCGGGUUCUUUGCUUCUGGAUGGUCAUUCACAGAUCCGAGGCCUGGCCUCGACUUCCAGGCUUUUGGCUCCACAGAUCUAUUUCACGAAGAAGCAUGAAUGGGUUCGCGUGGAGGGCGAAAUUGGCACCGUCGGGAUCUCCAACUAUGCUCAGGAAGCCUUAGGUGAUGUGGUGUACGCUCAACUGCCCGAUGUGGACGAGACCGUGAGUGCUGGGGAUGAAUGUGGAGCCUUGGAAUCAGUGAAGGCUGCCUCCGAGAUCUACACCCCCGUGUCUGGCACGAUCAGCGAGAAAAAUGAAAAGGUCGAGGCGGCUCCGGCUCUCAUCAAUUCCUCGGCCAUGGAGGACGGUUGGUUGUUCAAGGUGAAACUGAGCAAUGCAGAGAGUGAAGUGAAAGCCCUCAUGGCGGAGGACGCCUAUCAAGCCUAUUUGAAGACCCAAGAGGACGAUCAUUGAUCGUGAUGAGCCUGAUUAUCCGGUUCAGAUUUCAAUUCAAUGACAUUGACCUACAAUUCCAGUGAACAAGAAGUUCUUGCAUAA